ACGAGACCCAACUCUGUAAACCCCACCGUCCCAACGCAUUUCCUUCCUCCUCGCCUCCGACUCAAAUCCACCCCGCGUCUCCGCCUCACCGCAGACAGAGAGAGAGAGGCCAAGCAUGGCGGCCGCCACCGCCGAACCCCUCGCCGUCGCCGUCGCCGUCGCCCACACCGCCACCGCCGGCACGGACCACUCGCCGGCCCCGCUGCCUCCCCCUCCCCCGCACUGCAAUUACAAAAGCAAAUUGCAAGAGUAUCUUCAGCAGGCAAAUAAGCAGUUGCCAAUCUACUGUACCAAGUGCAAGGGUGAACACCAUCAGCUUAAGUUCAAAUCCACUGUCAUGGUGGAUGGUGAGGAGUUUUCAUCCACUUUUUGUCAUAGACGUGUGAAGGACGCUGAGCAGGAUGCUGCUAAAGUAGCCUAUGAUACCUUGCUUGAAAGGAAAGAGACUGAGACUGAUGAUACAGAUGUGUUUGAGCUCAUUGAUCAGGAUGUUGUGUUCAGCAAAUCAAUUCUUCAUGAAUAUACUACUAAGACAAAAACUGAUCAACCAGAAUACUCUGUAACCAAGACAGAAGGGUCCGUGACUCCAUAUGUUUCAUCUGUGUCAUUUGCUGGGCAUACUUAUACUGGUGGAGCUGCAAGAAACAAGAAGGACGCAGAGCAGAAGGCAGCUCGUGCUGCGGUCAAGUCACUUUUAGCUACAAAUUACACUUCCAUGGCGAAAAUUGUUAGAUCGAAGGAAAAGCUCAUCAGGGCAAUCUCACCUUCUGGGUACAACAAAGGAAUCGACAGUAAUCCAACAAACAAGAAACUUCCUUUUGCUCCUAUAAAAUUCACACCCCCUUCCAUAUUCAAACUAUAUGAUGGAGAAAUCGACAUGCUUUCUGUGCCACAAGCUCUAUUUGCCCCUCUAGUCGCUGCUGAGGAACCCAAAGUCAGACCAGCAGCUGAGCCAGCUUCCAACCCAUCUGAGCAAGCUGUCCAUGUAUCAAAGAAGCACAAGGAUAACAAAGUCAGAGGACCAGAGGUCAAGGAAGAAAGAGUUGCACAGUAGCAUCUUGCCCUUCACAGCCUGAGGAGUUUGGAUUCCAUCUUUCUGUGCUGGAGGUUGACAGGCUUUGGUGACAACAUGGUGCUGUGUAGGUGAUAUGCUAAGCAGCUAGUGAUCAUCAGUACAAUGGGCGGUGUUCAAAUGGCAUUAGAUUGGAGUCUGUUUCCUUUUCUUCUGUAAUUAGACCAACAAUAUCAGUCAUGUGGUAGUAGUAGUAGUGGCCGAACAAAACAGUAGCAACGCCAUGAAGUAUGAACUACCCCCGUCCGUCCGUGCUAGGCUGGUAGUUUUAUGGUUGUUAUCCACUCUGUUCAUGUGUGUUUAGUUCAAAGAAAAUCUGUUCCGAGUCGGGAUGAUCAGCAAAUGAUUUUGUUCUUCUAUGCACUGAGAAUCCAGAUGCAUUUAUCCUAAUUGCUUGUCUAA